UCUCUUUUCAAAGCACAAUGGCCGUGGCCUUCAUGUUGCUUCUUUGAUUGCCUAUCAGUCUAAACAUCACACUACACUAUUAACCAGCAAUGCUAAUAACCACUUCCAUGUUGCCAGUCCGAUCCAGUUUUGAGUACCUUGAUGGUCUAAGCUUGCUCCCCGCGAGUCUUAUUGCCCUCUCCUCACCCGUCACCACCAUCACCCCUCUGCGUCCUGCCGUCAGCCACUCUUCGGAUUUUCAUCGCUGCUCCAUCUCCAUUCCUUGUUGCGCUUUUGUUUUAUCGCUCAUGACCAUUUUCGCCAUCGUCUGCUGUAACGCUCAGAAAACACCCCCCGAAUUUCGCUCACAAGUUGCUUGUUUCUUCUGUUGCCCUUCAACACCUGUUCUAAAGAAAGGCACCUGGAUCGAGUCUAUCUGGUGAAGAAACUCAACACGACAUGAUAAGAAAAAAGGCAAAAUAACAAAUCAUCCCUCCAUCAACGUCUUCCUGUUUCCUGCACACCGUCCAGAAUGCAAACUAAUAAGCAUGAACUAACUGCAUAAAAACACUUGAGGCUUCAGCUAUAGAAUCUGACAUUUCCACCAAUAAUCCGCACACCGUUCAUGCUAUGUCU